GAACCUUCUUUUUUUCCUCUCUCUUCAUCCAGAGCGAUUUCUCAGAGAAGAAACAAAAAAGGGAAGCACAGAAAAGUUUCUGCAUUUCACCACCUAAAUCUUCCUUGAGUCGGUGCAGUGUUUGAUUCCGGGAAAGGCUUUUAAUCUGAUUUCAUUGUCCUAAUCUACCCAAGGAUUUUGUGAUCUGGGCCCUCCUGGAAUCAAUGUUACAAUUUUGUGUAUUGUGACAAAAUAUUGGCUUUUCCUAUUUCUUCUUGCUUGAAUGGGAGCAGUGGCUGCUUUGCAUGUUGUUUCAAGCCCGAUUCAAUAAAAUCCUUGGAUGAGCGAUCAAAAAGCAGUAUAAGUCAACAUCAAACAAGAAGCAUACCCAGUAAUUCCAGGGACUUUUGGACGACAAGUGCCUGUGACAUGGACAACAGUGCAAUGCAGUCACAAGGAAGCUUAUCGUCAAUCAACAUAUCAAUUCAAGCUCUUGAUACACCUUCUGGUGUUGGCAGCUCCAAUCACGCUUGUGAAUUUGUAAAUCAUGGUCUUCUUUUGUGGAAUCAGACUAGACAACGCUGGUUAGAUAAUAAAAAUCAAAGGAAGAAAGGGCAUCAAGUUCGUGAUCCAAAAAUAAGUUGGAACGCGACCUACGAGAGCUUACUUGGGAGUAACAAGCCAUUCGUUCAACCAGUACCUCUAUCUGAAAUGGUAGAUUUUCUUGUGGACAUAUGGGAGCAGGAAGGAAUGUAUGAUUGACGAAGCCGAGAUUUGGGUAGGUAAUAUCACCAAGUAAUACAACUACAUGAGUAAAUGCUUGAGAAGAAAGGAUAGAAAUGCAUGGAGGAAAGGAAACUACAUUUGUUGUAACCAUUUUUAUUUUACUUUUCUUAAAUGCUUCCUUUUGGUUUCCUCUGCUUUUUAUAACUCUUUCUGUCAAUGGAACUUCAUGCUGUUUCUUCA